GUGAUCGGUGCGCAGGCGCUCUCGGCGGCAAAUCGGCGGUUUCCGGUUCCGUCGCCCUCUUUCUCUUCAACGAGGUUCCCGAGCGGUUUGGUGGCAGCGUCGUUGCGGCAGACGCAGAGAUGCAGAUCUUUGUGAAGACCCUGACGGGCAAGACCAUCACCCUCGAGGUUGAGCCCAGUGACACCAUUGAAAAUGUCAAAGCCAAAAUCCAAGACAAGGAGGGCAUCCCACCUGAUCAGCAACGUCUGAUUUUUGCCGGCAAACAGCUGGAAGAUGGCCGCACGCUGUCUGACUACAAUAUCCAGAAAGAGUCCACCCUGCACUUGGUGCUUCGCCUGCGGGGUGGCAUCAUCGAGCCUUCCCUUCGCCAGCUGGCCCAGAAAUACAACUGCGACAAGAUGAUCUGCCGCAAGUGUUAUGCCCGCCUGCACCCCCGUGCAGUCAACUGCCGCAAGAAGAAGUGCGGCCACACCAACAACUUGCGCCCCAAGAAGAAGGUCAAAUAAGGCCCCUCCACCUGCUCUUCCUUUGCCAACAAGGCGGCUUCCUGCCCAAGGCCCUGGGGCCUCAAUAAAGUUUCCCUUUCAUUGACUGGAGCAGUAA